GCGGGAGGGGUGCGGAGGGGUUUCAAUCUGAAUAAUUGAAGAGCGAUUCAGCAGCGUCCGCUGCCUCCUGCCUUCCUUUAUCACUACCACCGCCCCCAUCUCAGCUGUAAGUGCAGACCGCCGGACAUUAGCAUCCAGUCCAGGCCAUCACCUCCAACCCCUCUGACGUUUGUGCCCAAGACCAGGCUGCUGUGUCUUCCACUGGGCCUUUCAUAAAAGGACAAGCACUAAUUGCUCCAUGAGUUCCAGGAUCAUCCGCUAAGGCUCCCAUAGUCCUUUCUAUCAGCAAACCUUCACUGCAACCCUACUGUUAAAGAUGAGUGGCUUUCUGGCCUCACUGGACCCGAGGCGGGUACAGUGGGGGGCCGCCUGGUAUGCAAUGCACUCUCGGAUCCUGCGCACCAAACCGGUGGAGUCCAUGCUGGAGGGAACUGGGACCACCUCGGCGCAUGGUACCAAGCUAGCCCAGGUGCUCACCACUGUAGACCUCAUCUCUCUUGGAGUCGGCAGCUGUGUGGGCACUGGCAUGUAUGUGGUGUCUGGCCUGGUGGCCAAGGAGAUGGCAGGGCCUGGGGUCAUCGUGUCCUUCAUCAUUGCUGCUGUUGCAUCUAUAUUAUCAGGGGUAUGCUAUGCAGAGUUUGGAGUCCGAGUCCCCAAGACUACAGGAUCUGCCUACACCUACAGCUAUGUCACCGUUGGGGAAUUCGUGGCAUUUUUCAUCGGCUGGAACUUGAUUCUGGAGUACCUGAUUGGCACGGCGGCUGGUGCCAGUGCUCUGAGCAGUAUGUUUGACUCCCUGGCAAACCACAGCAUCAGCCGCUGGAUGGUGGACACCGUGGGAACCCUCAACGGCUUGGGGAAAGGGGAAGAGUCCUACCCAGACCUUCUGGCUCUGGUGAUUGCGGUCAUAGUGACCAUCAUUGUGGCUCUAGGAGUGAAAAACUCUGUGGGCUUCAACAACGUCCUCAAUGUGCUGAACCUGGCAGUGUGGGUGUUCAUCAUGAUCGCAGGCCUCUUCUUCAUCAAUGGCAAAUACUGGGCUGAAGGCCAGUUCUUGCCCCACGGAUGGUCAGGGGUGCUGCAAGGAGCAGCCACGUGCUUCUAUGCUUUCAUUGGCUUUGACAUCAUUGCCACCACUGGUGAGGAAGCCAAGAACCCCAACACAUCCAUCCCUUACGCCAUCACUGCAUCCCUGGUCAUCUGCCUGACAGCGUAUGUGUCUGUGAGCAUGAUCUUAACCCUGAUGGUACCAUAUUACGCCAUUGACACAGAGUCCCCGCUCAUGGAGAUGUUUGUGGCCCAUGGCUUCUAUGCUGCAAAGUUUGUAGUGGCCAUUGGCUCGGUGGCAGGACUGACCGUCAGCUUGCUGGGCUCCCUCUUCCCCAUGCCCAGGGUCAUUUACGCCAUGGCUGGCGAUGGGCUGCUUUUCAGGUUCCUGGCUCAUGUGAGCUCCUACACAGAGACACCAGUGGUAGCUUGCAUAGUGUCAGGCUUCCUGGCCGCUCUCCUCUCUCUGCUGGUGAGCCUGAGGGACCUCAUAGAGAUGAUGUCCAUCGGCACGCUCCUCGCCUACACCCUGGUCUCUGUCUGUGUCUUGCUUCUUCGGUAUCAACCUGAGAGCGACAUCGAUGGUUUUGUCAAGUUCCUGUCUGAGGAGCACACCAAGAAGAAGGAAGGCAUCCUGGCUGACUGUGAGAAGGAAACUUGUUCUCCUGUGAGUGAAGGGGAGGAAUUUUCCAGCCCAGCCACCAACACCUGUGGGGCUAAAAACCUGCCGUCCUUGGGAGACAAUGAGAUGCUCAUAGGGAAAUCAGAUAAGUCCGCCUACAAUGUCAACCACCCCAAUUACGGCACUGUGGACAUGACCACAGGCAUAGAAGCCGAUGAAUCAGAAAACAUCUAUCUCAUCAAGUUGAAGAAGCUGAUCGGACCCCGUUACUACACCAUGAGAAUCCGGCUGGGCCUUCCAGGCAAAAUGGACCGGCCCACGGCAGCGACCGGGCACACGGUGACCAUCUGCGUGCUCCUGCUGUUCAUCCUCAUGUUCAUCUUCUGCUCCUUCAUCAUCUUUGGCUCCGAGUACAUCUCAGGCCAGAGCUGGUGGGCCAUCCUUCUGGUCGUUCUGAUGCUGCUGCUGAUCAGUGUGCUGGUGUUUGUAAUCCUGCAGCAGCCAGAGAACCCCAAGAAGCUGCCGUACAUGGCCCCCUGCCUCCCCUUUGUGCCUGCCUUUGCCAUGUUGGUGAAUAUCUAUCUCAUGCUAAAGCUCUCCACCAUCACAUGGAUCCGGUUUGCGGUCUGGUGCUUUGUGGGUAUGCUCAUUUAUUUUGGGUAUGGCAUCUGGAACAGCACCUUGGAAAUCAGCGCCCGAGAGCAGGCCCUGCACCAGAGCACGUACCAGCGCUACGAUGUGGAUGAUCCCUUUUCUGUGGAGGAGGGGUUCUCCUACGCUACCGAGGGCGAGAGCCAGGAGGACUGGGGUGGGCCCGCCGAGGACAAAGGCUUCUAUUACCAACAGAUGUCAGAUGCGAAGGCAAACAGCCGGACGAGUAGCAAAGCGAAAAGCAAAAGCAAACACAAACAGAACUCGGAGGCCCUGAUUGCAAAUGACGAGUUAGAUUGCUCUCCGGAGUAAGACUAACCGCGCAGGAGCCUAGAGAGGGUGGUUUCUUAGUAAAUCAGCCUAUGUGCUAGAAGGUGGAAACUUCUUCCAACUCUCAUUUCACAAACCCAGCCUUCCCCCAAGGUCCAUCCCCAGGCAUAACCUGUCAUUUGCUACUUUUGCUCUUCAGGGGAAUUCUGUCGAAGGGUUUUACCCAGGGCCCUUAACUAGCCCUCUUGUUAAACAAACAAACAAACAAACAAACAAACAAACAAAAAUCAAACUCAAAAGACUACAUGAAAUUCUGUUAGUGAGAUGCCCAGCCGAUGGCAGCAAAUGUUUGCUUUGUAGGAUGGAUCUUAGUGCUUCUUACAGAGACGGAGGAAGCUUCCUCCAUCCCAGAUGAGAACACAGCCCCGGGGGAAGGAGCCACAAAGGUGGUGACAGUGCAGUGUGAGGCAGCUGUCAGCCCACCCAGAGCAGCGCUGUGAGCUCCUCCCCCAGGUCAGUAGGUCAGGCUGUUUCAGGACUUUCUCUGUCAGCAACACUGUGUCCUUACAUCUCACCUCACCUUCCCACUAAACUAACCGUGGAGGAGACCCACGGUUCCUCACUCACCAAAGUUCUUACAGUUUCCAGACUAUAAUUUUAGGAUCCAGAAAGGACUCGGAGAACACAUUCCCCCACAAAGCACCCAUGCAGACACAGUAGUAUAGUUAGACCCACCAUCAGAACUUGAGGGAAAAAAGGUAAAAGCUUAGAUAGCAAUCUCUUGCAGAGGUCAGAAAAGCAUUGGCAGACAUGAACUGUCUGUCAUGCAUUCCCUUAUACCAGAUCUUAAGCUCCUGCCACGAUGGUGAAAGGGCAGAGGUGGGCUGUGACGCCAUGCCUCUGAUAUGCCUGGAAUAAGUAGGCUAUUUGUUUAACAAUCUGAUAAAAGUAACUCGGCCACUGAGAUCACAUUACAAAUCCUACUUCAUAUUUCUAAAAUUAUAAACUCUGCAGAGGUUUUUUUUUUUUUUUUUUAAUUUUUCAAGCUAGGCAGCCACUUGGCUGGCUGCUGCUGUUGAAAAACGGUGGUGCAGAAGGCCAGGGACUUAGGUCACUGAGCUCAGCGAGAUCACACUCCCACACGGACCUCAUGCUUCAGAAGAGCUCGCUUUUAGAGUAUUUUUUCCUGUUCCUUCCCAAAGUACUUUCACAGAGCCCCAGAGAAAUGCUACCUGGUGACAUUUACGUGUAGGCCACCGGCGGGAUGCUUAAAAGAAUUUUCCCAAGCAGGACAGAUGAAUUUGUGACAGGAAAAGUCUGUGAGUUCUACCCCCCCGGCAGCCAUGGACCCUAUGGCUUCAACAGCGGGAGUACAUGAGAAUUUUCCUCACGCUAAGAUUUUUGAGAGAAUUUUCUGGAAGGAGGGCAAAGAGCAAAUCCCUUCUUUAUCAUCUGCCAAAAAUUCUCCUGAGAAUCAACAAACAUUCUCCUUUCUUAAAGUCUGAAGCUCGUGUCCUCUUGGCAUGUACUAGAGUUACAGAGAAAAGGUGCGCUUCCUGCUGAGCUAACUCACUGAAAUACACCAGUGGCUAAGUGGCAGGCAUGAGGAGACCUGUAACUUCCUCCCUUGGAGCUUACAGUACAGGGAGGUGCAGUUUUGGAGCCCCAUGACCAAUGCAAGAGGCAUACCAGAAAAAUAUCAGUUGAAAUUAUUUUUUAAGACAAUGCAUAAUAAAUUGCAUACCAUGCCCCUAGCUGGUUUAUGCCAUUGCAUUCAAAUAAUUACAGUUUUUAGAUCACUUCAUAUUAAUUACAUAGAACCCAGUAUAUUCAUGGUAUCAUUUUUAUGUAAAGUCUAACAAAACUGUGUAUCCUCUUUCCUAAACUUAACCAUCAUGAUCCAGUGUCUGGCCUGCGACAAAUCACCCUGGAAAAUUCACUGUCAAAUUGAUGUCAUGAUGUUAAAAACUAAGUUUUAACUGGUUUAGGAGCAAGAAAUCUGCCUGGUUAAAUUGCAUCUAUUAAGCUGCAGUCAUGGGUAACCUUCUCUCCCUUAGGUGUGUUUAGAAGAAAUAUGGAUACAAAGUGACAGAUUUUCAUGUGAGUAGAAAGUUUCCUUUUACUGAUGGUGUUGAGGUAUAAAAGUAGCAGUGGUCUGGUGGCAGCUGUGUGCAUCUUCUGUAGCCUAAGAAGAGUGAGCAUGGGUUGUGUUAGUUAAUGCCAUUGGUGUUGAUUCUGUGCAGAGCCAAGGAAUUACUCUCAUUUCAUAAGCCAUUUGUCUCCGUUGGUAGCUUUGGAUGUCUUUGCUCUCUUCGUUUUUCUAACAUUGCUGGGGUCAUCUUCUUAGCUAUCUUGGUUUUUUAAACAUUGUUUGGAAAGUUUUCUCAGGUCCAUAGCAAGGUUCAUUGUGUUUCUCAGCUCUUAUGGAAGAGUCCCAGGUUUCACAAGGCAACUGUCAAAUACCAUCAACCACAGAAAUGACAAUAUCAGCUAACAUAUCUGAAUACUGUAUUUGUGAGGCUUCAUUAAAAGAAGGGUCCCUUUAUAAAUAUUUAUCUUAGGAAAUCUCUUCUGGUGGGUUUCAGUGUGUGUGAAGCCAAUAAUUUAAUAUCUUUGAAUUCUAUUUAUUUACCAAUACUCUGCAUCAUUUCAGAAAGAUUGGAGGCAGCUAUUAAAAUGCAUGUGCUCCAAAACAAAAUGGGUGGACACAACUGAAACAGAAGAGAGGCUAACACUAAGCCAGAAGUAUGUAUAGUGCACAAGCGCAGAACUCUCAAGGGCUUGGCUACAUUUUCCGAUGAAGGGUGUCUUAGUCAGGGUUUCUAUUCCUGCACAAACAUCACGACUAAGAAGCAAGUUGGGGAGGAAAGGG